UGUUAGGCGUGGAUAUAUACACCACUGUUGACUGCUCAAUGCGUUCUUUUCGGUAUAAUCCAAGCGGGAGGAAAGUGAUGAUGGAAUCGUUUGUUUCAAAAUCGCUGAAGAUUGCAGCUGUGGUUGCUGCAUACUGGUCCAUCUCCAUAUCAAUGGUAUUUGUGAAUAAAUAUUUACUCAGCAGCAAAGACCUUAAGCUGGAUGCUCCCCUGUUUGUGACCUGGUUCCAGUGCGUCGUUACUGUUCUGCUGUGUGCUCUGCUCAGCGUUUUUGGACAAAUAUUUCCAGGAAAAGUCAACUUCCCACCUUUUGUGAUCGACCUUAAACUAUGCAGAGCAACGCUGCCACUGUCGAUCAUCUUCGUCUGUAUGAUCUCCUUCAACAAUCUCUGUCUGAAGUUUGUUGGUGUGGCCUUCUACUACGUGGGCCGCUCUCUCACUACCGUGUUUAAUGUGAUAUUUUCCUACUUUCUGCUGAAGCAGACAACGUCAGUGAAGGCGCUGAUAUGCUGUGGCGUCAUCAUUUCCGGUUUCUUCCUUGGGGUGGAUCAGGAGAAGGUGUCAGGGUCGCUAUCUUUAACGGGUAUCUUCUUCGGCAUUAUGGCGAGUGCCAGCGUAGCUCUCAACUCCAUCUACGUGAAGAAAGUACUCCCCCUGGUGGACAACAACAUCUGGCGCAUCACCCUCUACAACAACAUCAACGCAAGCGUGCUGUUCCUCCCACUCAUGCUGGUGACAGGGGAAUUCAAGGAGGUCAUGUCUUUCCCGAAGAUUGGGGACUUCCACUUCUGGAACAUGAUGAUCGUCAGUGGUAUUUUCGGCUUCGCCAUCGGCUACGUGACCGGCAUGCAGAUUCAGUUGACGUCACCGCUGACCCACAACAUCUCCGGCACUGCCAAGGCGUGUGCUCAGACAGUGAUCGCAUGUGUGUAUUACCAAGACAUUAAGCCCGCACUUUGGUGGCUGAGCAAUGCGGUCGUCCUCGGCGGUUCGACAGGCUACACGGAGGUUAAACGACGGGAAAUGAAACUAAAGCAUGCAGAAGAAGCCAAGUUAAAAGAAUUACAAGAAGCUUCCAGUGACGAGAAGGCACCAUUACAAGCAUAAUAAUGUGGUGGUGUUCAUACAGGGUUAUUAUAAUGCAUUGCUUCAUGCAUGGGAUGUGUAUAUUUAUAUGAUUUCCAUCUUGCAUCAUCAUCCGAGGCUGCAGAAUGGCUGGGCCAUAAAUGUUUUGUGACAAUCUCAUUAAACUCAUAUCUUAGUUCUCGCUACUGCUAAUCGAAGAUCUGAGGACAUUCCAUUAUGGGUCAUGUCAGAAGUCGCUUAACAGAUCAGGAAAGUGACAGUUGGAAUAUGUUUUCUGGUCAUGCAUCCUCAAAAAGGUUAACAAGGGGUAUUCCAAAUGACAAAUACAGGCUGUACGAAUGAUUCCGUCUUUCUGUCCAUCCCUCGCCUCAGUGGGAUAAACAUUGAAAUGGAAGAAACUUUUCAUAUCCCAUGAAAAAUACUGCCAUCUGUUAGACAUUCCUGAAUUUUCUUUAGUUCAGUUUUAAAAUUUUGUAUGAAGAACUUUGUCAAACUUUUUUUCAAAGCAUAAUCUGGAAUCAAGGUUGCCAGUUUGAAACUACAAUGUAGUUCUGUUUAACUUUGGAAAGCUGCUUUCUGAUUGGCCUAGGUUGACUUCUUGUUAGGCACUUCAUUGACUGGUCAAAGUUCGCGAAAGGUCGUUCUGGCCUGACCUGUAAUGGGAUGUCUUCAGAUCUUUGUUUAGCAGAAGUGAGAACUAAUAUCUGAUUUGAAUGAGAUUGAUGUUUGUGAUAAUCCGAAUGAAAUUGGAUUUGAAUUUACAAAUAUUUGGGGUAUGACUACCUACUUGUUACAUUGUGUAUAUUUAGCAUGGGAACAGCUUUGUUUGAUCUCUGAACUGUGAUGUCAGGAUGGAAUUUAAUCAGUGGUAACGACAAGCAUCAUCACUACUUCAUGGGCUUCUAUACUCUAUGUGGGGGCACGGGUGGCCCAGUCUAAGGCGCCGCGAUUCGCUGUGCAGAGUUGCGUCCCUUGGGCAUGCCAGAAACCUGUGUUUGUGGGUUCGAAUCCUGGUUCACCCAAAUUAUGUUUCUAGG